AUGCACUCGGAGCGCCACACCGCGCGCUUGAAACGCCGCGCCGAGCGCCUCAUCCCGUCGUCCCGGACCCACACAAGCUCCUCCGCCACCAACGACAUCGACAGCAGCAGCAGCAGCAGUCGACGUCGACCGCCGCUGUCCACUUCAAGCACCACCGCUGAGUUUGCAGCGGCCUCGUCGCUUGCUGCAGUGAGUGCGUCGCGUCGCUAUUCAAGCGCCAGGAGUCCGAGGGACAUCAACAUGCUGGUGGAAAAGCUCCUGGCGAAAGUCCACGGCUCCCCGUCUGCUGCAACCACACGCCGCACGGUCGUCCGGCUGCACAAGAGCGUGUCGAGCACGCCACAGACUGACGUAUUUUCGGUGCUGGAGAAGAUUAAGCGGAAGGUUGCAGCGGAUGCGCUGCAAGAUGAUGGCGUGUCUCCAGCUGAAACGGUCACGCAGCUUCACGAGGUCUUUUCCCGUUUUGUCAAGCUCAAGAACCUGGACAAGAAGACCGAGGCGCUGGUGUUGCUCUAUGGCCUGAUGAAUUCGGUUGGAUUGCCAACGUACAAUGAGCACGGUCGACACCGUGGUGUUGACUUUGCAACCGAAGACGGGGACGACCCUGCUGGGCAUGGAGCGAUAAUGUCUGGUAUGAAAAACUCAGAGACGGACAAGGCAGGCGGUUUGCAAUGCAAUGAGCCGGUACAGUCGAUGCCGACGGCGUCUCCAAGUUUCGAAGGUCCAAGUGCUGCGUGUGCUUUCUCCUCGACAGGGCAAUCAAAGACGGAUCUCGACUCUCUCGAGGACUCGUUCAAAUUUGCAGUCGGAAUUGCUCCUAUCCACAAAGCCCAUCGAAGGAAGGGCAGCAGCACUCGUACUUCUUCUGACGCGCAGUCAGUAGUCGUUUCAAGUGCUGUAAGUGCUCCUGCCACUAGAGCAGGGCAGUCGUCUUUUGACGUGCCCGAGGAGGUUCUUUUGCGCGACGUCUUGUACGCCCUGCAAGCAAUCGAAUCUCGCUACUUGUACUUUGACAACGCACAGGAUCGCUUCCAGAUCACAAGAAGCGUGGGCGUCCCGACGCCCAUGCGCGAGCUAAUUUAUAUGCUGUGUGACUUGGGCUGGCUGUAUCGCAAAAUUUCGGCGUACAUCAAGCAGCAUCGUGAGAUGUUAGCCUUUGGCUUAGUGGGCCAAAGCUUUUGCCAUAUGCUUCACACUGAGCUCGUCGUUUACUUCCGUCUAAUCGCGAUCCUAGCGGCCCAAAUCGACGAGGACGCGGAAACAAGGCAACCGAGCGAACGGGCAGCUAGCAGUCUUACCUUGCGAACACUUACCGUCUGGACUCAAGAUGCAUUUGACAAGAUGCGAUUAAUGGCUCGUCUAAUCGACAGUGCAGAAAGCCUUCGUGGUGGUGCACUCGCGUCCAGCGUUCACUCGCAUGUUUUGCACGGUGAUCCAGACGUGUCGACGUUCGUUCAAGCAGUGCUGAAACAGACUGCUGCUCCGAUUGUGCAAAUGAUAAAGCGCUGGGUCUUCGAAGGAGAGCUGGAAGAUGUGCAUGGGGAGUUUUUUGUAGUGGCAGACUCGACUGUGAGUGACGAUCAGUUCUGGGCUAAGAAAUACACGCUGAACUUGAAGAUGCUGCCAACGUUUAUUCCCAUCGAGCUCGCAAAAAAGAUUCUGGUCAUCGGAAAGAGUAUCAACUUCAUUCGCCAAUGCUGUGGAAAAGCCGAUUGGGUCACGAAUGCAGCACAAGAGAUUACUGUGAUUGGAAUGGGGACCGAGGAUGGGACAGAUUUUGCAGAGUUGAAGCGUUUUGAAACGAUGAUUGAAAAUGUGUCAAAUUCUACAAGCGAGUUUCUGAUUCGCACGCUAAUGGAGGACUAUCAGCUUUUAGAUCAUUGCCAAGCGUUGAAGCGCUACUUGUUGCUGGGACAGGGCGACUUCAUUCAAUACCUGAUGGACCUCCUGGGACCUGAAUUAUCCAAAAGGGGCUCACAAGUGUAUCGCCACACUCUAACAAACGUGCUAGAGACAGCACUGAAUGCUUCCAACGCGAAGUUCGAGUCAGCAGACGUCUUAGGUCGCCUGGAUGUUGAGCUGUUGCAAGGAUCCUCUGCGGAUACCGGAUGGGACAUAUUUUGCUUGCACUACAACUUACAAACUCCAGUCAACAGUGUUAUUCCGGCGUCUUCGAUGCUCCAGUAUCAGCAAAUCUUUGACUUUUUGUGGCGAAUGAAGCGCGUCGAGCACUCGCUGUCUGCAUCGUGGACAAAAGAUAUGAACCUUGGACAUGAAGUUCAGGGAUGUGUACCAGGAAUUCGACCGGUUCUGCACAGAAGUCAGCUCGUACGGUCUCAGAUGAUACACUUUAUUACUAAUCUUCUGAACUACGUCAUGUUUGAGGUAUUGGAGACGGCAUGGCAUAAGCUGGUGAAGGACCUACACGCUGCAAAAGACUUGGACGAACUCAUCGAAAGUCACGCAGCAUACAUUCUUUUCAUCAAAAGAAACGGUUUCAUGAUGAAGGAGUCAAGAGAACUAUUGAAACAGCUAAAGCUUAUCUUUGCAACGAUCGUCAGAUUUUGUAAGGCGCAGGAGAAUUUAUAUACGACUGCCAUGCACGAAAAGCACGUUGAAGAGAGGCUUCAGCGAUCGAUUCGGCACCAGAAACUAGACACUUCGUGGGGAAUACAAGAGGAGAAUGGAUACAGUAAGCGAAGCGACAGAGACACGUUUGGUGCCGAGUCAAAGAUUUUGCGUCAGAUUGAAGAAGUAGCCGGUGAAUUCAGCAACCAGUUUCUUGGACUUCGUGACAUUGUCAAGCAGAACUCUAUGCGCGGAUUACAAAGUCUGUCAUUCCUUAUGUCCCGCUUUGAUUUCAACGAGUUCUAUCUCAAAAAGACGGUUCUUUAG